CGCACGCACACUACGCAUUCAAGAGAUUAGCCGAAUUCAACGGAGAUCUACGUCGGCGGCUCCUCUUAGCUUAUAUAUAACCGUGUCCGACGGUACGUCCCUUGCAGUGUGCACCGAGAGCCCAAAGCGAUACCUUCUGGUGAGCUGACUUGCAGAGUUGCUGCUCGUACAUUGUUGUUGUAACGGACCCGGAGCACACACCAGUUGCCGUCCACCCGUCAGCCAGCGUUGCAGUCGCAUUUCCACUUGGUCGAGAGUGCGUCCGACGGUGCUCCCGACACCGACGACAACCUGUUCCGCGGUCAAGCGCCUGUUGCUACGAUAAAACUGCAGCGAAGAUAACAAAAUAAUAAUUUCGGUUUAACCAACAUUACCAAUUGACUUGUACAUUUUGCGACAUUUGCGUAGUACGUGAAAUUCAAUGGUGAAGAAAGUAAAAACAAAAGCUACAGGCACCAAUACGGAUAAUGGUGCCGCCAUUCAAGUGGAAGUUGCCGCUGAUAAUCCGGACUCAGAAAAACAUAACAUAUCAAACAUGGAAGCGAUGAUGCAUAUGAUCAAAUCGACUAUUGGCGGGGGAUUCUUAGCCAUGCCCGAAGCAUUUCACAAUGCAGGGUUGUUGAUAGGUUCCAUAGGCAUUGUGGUCCUCGGGAUUGCGGUUUUAAAUAUGAUGUCUUUUAUCGUACGUUGCUCACAAAUACUAAGAUCUGGUAAGUAUGCCGCUGCUAUUUUAGCAGAGCAAAAUAAAAAUAAAAAUAACGAUGAAGAUGUCGAAGAAGAACACAAUAAACUGCCGAACAAACAAAAUAACGGAAGGGAGCUAUUGUUGCCUCCCAUGGACUACCCGGACACGGUGGAAGCCGUGUUUAAGUACGGCUCAGGCGGCCGCUUUGCACAUUGGGGCCCAUUUGCCAAAAAGUUCACCACAAUCUCUUUGAUUUUAACAUAUUACGGUGUCAACAUCAUCUACGUGUGCGUCGUGGCGAGCACAAGCAAGCAGCUCAUUGACCUUCACACCGCCGGUGGAGCCGAGGGCACAUGGAGUCACUCGUUACACGAUUUAUCUAUCCGCUGGUACCCCUUAGCUGUAGCUGUGCUAAUCAUUCCAAUGGGCAUGGUUCAAAUUAUAAAAUACCUAGUGCCGUUCUCGGUAAUUGCCAACGGGUUGAUUUCUGCGGGCACUGUGGCGAUGUUCUAUUUUAUUUUCACUGAUGACGGAGGAAGGAACCCACUCCGAGAAGAUGAAGUAUCAAAAUUAGUAGUAUGGCCAAUGACGCGUUGGUCGCUGUUUGCGGGAAGUGCAUUAUGUUCAAUGGAGGGGGUCGGAAUGCUUAUGCACAUCGAAAAUUCUAUGAAAAAUCCACUCGGGCUUGCCGGACCACCAUCCUACACACUGCACUGGUCUAUGGUUAUCAUUGUGUUACUCAACGGCGCUUUAGGAUUCUUUGGAUACAUACGAUACGGUGAACGGUGCCUAGGCAGCUUGCCACUCAAUUUGCCUUCGGAUAACAGUUUAUCCGAAGCCGUAAAAGUCGUAGUUACCUUGGGAAUUCUCAUGACCUAUGGACUCCAAUUGACCGUUACCGCAGAUCUAGUGUGGCAAUGGAUUAAAAGAAAGGCGGAGAAAAAUACUAUACGGAAACACGGAUCGAAAGCCGUGAUUAUAGAAAAAACUACGAAUAGUCUAGAGUACAAUGUCAUGCGAUUUAUCCUGAUCAUCGGAACAGUUAUUAUAGCGACAGUGGUUCCAGACGUCGGGCCGAUGAUUUCCCUUGUCGGAUCGGUCGGUUUUUCAGUACUUGGUCUCAUAGUGCCUGCAGUACUUGAAACCGUUUGGUACUGGAAUCCAAAGAGCGAAGAUGACUUUGAAGAAAACCUUCAAGAGAUGAACAGCUAUGAUAGUGCAGCUGUGGAGGACGGAAAUGGAUUGGCGUCGGCAGCGGUGUUGACAGUGAAGGUUGCAAAGACUGAUAAAGCCACCCGAAACCUGGCUAUCCGCAGAACUUUACGACAUGUGAAAAAUAGUAUAUAUAUCAUACUAGCUUUGUUCGCCCUUACUGGCGGAGCCUUCUAUAAUAUACGAGAAAUUAUAACUCAGGCUCCGGGCCACAGCAGCGUAGAAGAUUUUACUGAAACCUCAGUGUAAUGCAUUUAAAAUUCCGACAAUGUAUUAUUUUAGAGUUAGACAUUUAGAAUAUAAUCAUAAGUUAAUAACUUAAGAAAAGUUUGAAUGGAGAGAGAAUACUAAAUUUUUAAAAAUUAUAUAAGCAAGCUUAAGUAUCUCAAAAUCAGUUGAUACAAUCACUUUAUAAUUUUUUUUCUUAGAUAAGUAACUAUUAAUCUUAAUAUAAAUGACUGCACAUAUUAUAGGACUAUAUAUUAUAGUUUAUAACUAUCGCACUCGUUAGUAAUGAAUAAGCUAUACGAUAUUGUCCAUCGCGAAAAUAUUUCACUGAAUAGAGUUCAUAUUGAUACACAAUUAUGUGUUAUACGCACAUGUCUUUACCGUGAAGCCAUCAAGCGGUUUUAUUUAUGUUUUUUGAACACUAUUCUUUGUUAUAGUUUCAAACAAACAAACGAAUUUUAAUUUCUUAUUUUAUUGCACACUAUUUUAUAAUAUUUUUUUUUUUUUUAACAAUAUUUUACUAUUAUUUUUAUUCAUCAUUGUAGAUUUAAUUAAUUAAAAUAAUAUUGCUAAAUUGUGUUAUUUCAUA